AUGAAGUCAUUUCAUGGGUUGAGGCUAAACCAGAGGACUUAUCAAAAACCUCCUCCCCAGUCCCCACAAGAGUGUCUGAGCGAUGAUACAGCUCUUGUCCUUGCAAAUGAACUCUACUUUAAAGGAGCAUGGGAUCGAAAAUUUGAUGCAACAAAAACUGAAUACAAAGACUUCCAUCUUCUUAAUGGACAGAUUGCUCAAGUUCCUCUCAUGUCCAGCAAAGCAUAUAGCAGAAACAUCUUGAUGGAUGCUUUGAUGGUUAUAAAAUUCUCAAAAUUGCCCCAAAAAGGUCAAGAGUCCACGUCCAGUCCUGAAUUCUAUGAAAAACACAAUUUGCAAGAAGAAGAUCUACCGAACUUCUGGACUCCAAGAUUUAAGUUCCCAUUCAAGUUUGAAGCCUCGGGUACCAUGAAGGAACUGGGAAAGGUGCUACCAUUUAGUCUUGUUGGAGGAUUUUCUGAGAUGGUUGAUUCCCCUGUGUCACUUGUGUUGUCUAAGGUAUUUCAUGAGUCCUCUAUUCAAGUGAAUGAGAAAGGAACAGAAGCUGCAGCUAGUACUGCUCCAAGAUUUAUUAAUUAUGUGGCGGGCUGCAUCCUCCAAACUUCGUAG